GACCGCGGUAGUGUUGUUGUGUCAAACUCGGCGUUAGUUAGCACACAAAGGAAUAUUCUUCUGUCUCUGUACCUAAUGUCCCAAAUACAACUGCCAAAAUGAUGGAAUCAUGCCUGAACAACAGGGCUGAGAGACGGGAUCAGGUAGAGGUAGACGAUUUGAAGAGAGACCUCUCAUCAGAAUUCAGUACCAUACCAGACUCACAGCAUUCCAGCAUCGAGGAGAGAGAACACCUUCAAGUCUACCUCCGAAUCCGACCGUUCACCUCAGCGGAGAGCAAUAAUGGAGAGUCACAGGACUGUGUUGCCAUUGAGCCUCCUGACACUGUUCUGCUGAAGCCUCCCAGUUUGUCCCUGUCAGCGAGGCUUAGCACUGAAAAAUCACUUCCUCAGACAGGACAGCGCUUCCAGUUCUCUCAGGUGUAUGGUCCUGAGACGACACAGAGACAGCUGUUUGAAGGCACAGUAAAGGAUUUGGUGAAAGAUGUUCUUGAAGGGGGAAACUCUCUGGUUUUCACUUAUGGAGUCACCAAUGCUGGGAAGACCUUCACGUUUUUAGGUCCAGAUGCCGAUGCAGGUAUCCUGCCUAGGUCUCUUGAUGUAAUCUUUAGCAGUAUUGAUGAACACGUUUUCACUGGAAUGAGCAUCAAACCUCACCGCUGCCGAGAGUUCACAAGACUGACCAGGGAGCAGCAAGCUGAGGAGGCGGUGUUCAAGAGAAACCUCUUCAAGCAACUCAAAGAGAGUGAGAGGAGCAAUGCCAGCCUUUUGAACUCGACUAAUAAGACUUUACUUGAAGGUGCCUCUUUCUUGGGGAUGACCGGAGCAGCAGAGGACAAAAUCAGCCUGGAGGUGGAAACACACACAACAUUCUCUGUUUGGGUUUCUUUCUGUGAAAUCUAUAACGAGAACAUUCAUGACCUCCUGGAAGUGGUACCCAGUGGGGCCCUGAGGAGAACAGUACUGCGUCUAUCACAGGAUGUCAAGGGCAACGCCUUUGUCAAAGAUCUACGUUGGGUUCAGGUAAACAGUGCAGAGGAGGCUUACAAAGUGAUGAAACUCGGCAAAAAGAACCAGAGCUUCUCCUCCACCCGACUCAACCAGCUUUCCAGCAGGAGUCACAGUAUUUUCUCAAUCCGUAUUUUGAGGAUCGAGGAUAUUGGGACUCCAAGAGUGCACACAGUCAGUGAGUUGUGUCUAUGUGACCUUGCUGGCUCGGAGCGAUGUGCCAAGACCCAGAAUAAAGGAGAACGUCUGAAAGAAGCUGGAAACAUCAACACCUCACUGCUCAUCCUGGGAAAAUGCAUUAAUGCACUACGACACAAUCAGCAGGCCAAGUUGCUUCAGCAUGUUCCCUUCAGGGAAAGCAAGCUGACCCAUUACCUGCAGGGCUUUUUCUGUGGUCGAGGUAAAGCCUGUAUGAUUGUCAACAUCAACCAGUGUGCCUCCAUGUACGAUGAGACUCUCAAUGUCCUCAGAUUCUCUGCUGUGGCGCAAAAGGUUGUGGUUCUGUCCACAAGGCCUCUUCCCACUAUACCCCAGAGGUCUGCCAGUGAGGUAUCCUUCAUCAUCAACAAUGCUGAGAAGAAGGCUCUUCGAGGCAGCAGGAGGAGCUCCUUGAUUGGCUGGGAAAGUAGUCUGGAGGACGUACAGGAGGAUGUUGAUGAUGAGUACGAGGAAGAAAACAGCCUAAUGGAGGACACUGUAGAUCAGACUGGCAAUGAAGAAGAUGAUGAUGAAAAUGAUAAAAUUCUCAUCAGUAAAAAGACGCACCAGAGGCAGGUGGUGCUGUUGAAACAGCUGCAGGUGCAGCUGAAGAAGGAGCGAGCGGAGAGUCUGCUCAUGGAGGCGCGAGUGAGAGAGGAAAUCAGUAGAGAGUUCUCAGAGCUUUUCUCUGAGAUGCAGAAUGACUACAAUGAGCGCCUGGGGAGGGAGAGAGAAAUCUUGGAGGAAAGAGCAGAAAGGAGGCUGGAGAUCUUCAAGAACCUUAUUGACAAAAUGGCCAAAGCUGGAACCAGUCAGGACACACAAGCCAUGGACAAAUCUCUGGACUCCUACUCCUCUGAAUUGGCGGGCAUAAAGAAGGCUGCUGAGACUGCUCAUAAAUGUCUGGGUUCAGGCCAAGCAGGGCCUUGGGGAGACAGAAAUGAUGCUGUAGAGGAGCUGGAGAGGAAAGUGCUGGAACUGAAUGAACACCAGAGGAAAGUCAAAGAGCAGAUGGCUCACAAACACAAAGGUGAAACCAAUGGAGUAGAGGACGAGGAGAAAAGGAUGCUUCUCUUUCAGCUUGAGGAGAAAUCGUCUGAGAUUGCCCUACUGGAGAAACAAGUGGAGGACCUGCAGAGGGUGGCUGAGGUGGGCUCAUGUGGCCGCUCCUUGCUGGUCGAGGGGUUGGGUUCAUGUGAGAGAGACCAGCUGCAGGAGGCCUUGACUGCUCUUCAGGAGGAGAAGAAAGCCAGAGAAGAUGCUCUCACUGCGCUGGAAUACCAGACUAUGGGCAAAGAGGAGGCACUGGCAUCCUUAGAGGAGGAGAGGAAAGCAAGGAGAGGAGGCCCUUGCCACACUCAGGGAGCUGAGGCAAAGCAGAGAGGAGGUGUUGGCAUCUCUCGAAGAGGAGAGAAAAGACAAAGAGAAGCCAUGGCAGCCCUUGCAGAUGUAAAGCUAAGCAGAGAGGAGGCACUUGCUGCUCUUGGUGAAGAGAAGCGUGGCAAAGAGGAAGCUCUGUCUGUUUUGGAAAUGGAGAGAAAGGAGUUCAACAGGCUGGUUGAGGAGAGAGAAAAGAAGCAACAGGAGGAUGAUGCACUUCAACAGAAAUUCAGAGAGCUGACUGCCAAACUAGAAGCCGCAGAGCACCAGGUGACGAAUGAGACGGAGAGAGCUGAACAAGUGAUAGUCCAGCUACAAUCUGCUCAGGCUCAAAUGGAUGAGCACUCAAAGAAGAUCCAGGAGAAAACUUCCCAGAUCCACACCGUGACCCUGGAAGCUCAAGGCCUGAAACAGGAACUGCAGACUUCCACAGCAUCAUCUGCUGCUGUCAGUGAUCAGCUGAGAGAAGAAGUGUCAGAGCUUAGGAACAAUCUUGCUGAUGAAAAGGAGAGAGGUGAGAUAGAGCACAGACAAAUGCUGGAGCUGGAGCGUGAGCUAGCACAGGCAAAAGAACAGCUGGAACAGUUUAAAGAGAAGCAUAAUGAAGAGGAGAAAGCUUUCAACAAGCAAGUUGAAGAGCUGAGGAAGAAGCUCCAGGAGCAAGAAGAGAUGUCACAGAAACCACUGGAGGAGCUCAGAUCCAAGCUUCAAUGUCAAGAGCAUUCUUCCAAAGAAGAGGUAGACCAGCUAAGAGCAAAGCUUGUGGAACAAACACAGGCUUCAGAAAAGCAGGUAGAGGAGCUCAAUCAGAAGUUGCAAGAGCAAAAAGUCAUAUCACAACAGCUGUUGGGGGAGUUACAACACAAAAUGAGUCAACAAAAAGAAACCUCAGACAAACUCUUAGAUGAUCUGAAGCAAAAUCUCAGUGAACAGGAGCAAACUUCAAAGCUGUUCAAGGCCGAACUAGAGGAUGCUAAGUCUAAAGGUUCAAGCAGUUUCCCUGGCUCUGCGGCUGAAGAAGAACUCAAGAGGUUGAACUCUGAUCUCCAGACAGAGGUUGCAUCCCUUAGGGCAAAGCUUUCCAACCUGGAAGAAACAAAGGAGCCUCCUUGCAAAACUGAACCUCAGCUAGCCUCUUUAGAGAUGGAGAGAAUGCUUAAAGAAAAGGACAGACAGAUGCAAGAGAAGCUAACAGAGUUGAAGAAAGCUUCUGCAGAGAGAGAAGCGGAGCUGCAGAAAAAUCUACUAGAAAUGGAAGCACAGGUAACAUCCCUGCAGAAGAGCCUACACGAGGCGCAGGAGCAGCGAGAGGAGGAGGAGAUCCAGGCAGUCCAGGAGGCCCGGCGCAGAGAGGCGGAAAGGCGCAGGGAGCUGUUAGCAGUGGCACAUGAAGCCAUUGCUCAGAAGGAUGAGGAGCUGGAGAAGAAAGCUGAGGAGAUCAGCAGACUAAAAGAAAAUGCCAAGCAGGACUCUGAGAAAGUCAAGAGCCUCAGCCUCGACCUUCAGAGGAAAGAGGACGACACAUCGGACCUCAGAGAGAAACUGGCCGACUAUAAGAAGCAGAUCCAGCAGGUCCAGAAGGAGAUUUCAGCCAUGAGAGAAGAGGAAAAAAAUCUGAGGCAGAAACUGGCUGACCUGGAGAAAGCCAAGAAGCAGCUUCAAUCUGACCUUGCCAACAGAGACAGGACUAUUCAGCAGCUCAAAGUGGAACAAUCAACUGAUACCAAGUCUAACGAGACACUCCAGCUCUACCAGAAGUCCUGUAAAGACCUUGAAGCUAAGGAGCGUGUGAUGGAGGACAUGCGUUUGGCUCUGACGGAGCAGGAGGAGACACAGCAGCAGAUGGAGGAGGUCCUGGAGGAGAAGCUUAACCUCAUCCAGGAACUUUCUAGCGAAGUGGAGAGAUUGAAAGAAAUGCUAUUGCAGCAGGACCGCGGAAACAACAGGCACCAUCAAGAUGUUAGCUCAUCAGAUGACCUGGUCAAACUGGCCAAACAGGAAGCUGCCCAGGCUCAGGAAAGACUGAAGCUAUGUACAGAGAAACACCAGGCUGAACGGAAAAAGUGGCUGGAGGAGAAGCUGUCCCUGAUUGGCCAAGCUAAAGAGGCAGAGGACAAGAGGAACCAGGAAAUGAGGAAGUUUGCUGAGGACAGAGAACGCUAUACUCGGCAGCAGAGCCAGUUGGAGUCCCUGUCAUCUCAGCUGGCUGAAAAGGAGCAGACCAUGGAGAAGUGGAGGAAGGAGAGAGACACUCUGGUGGCAGCUUUGGAGGUCCAGCUGCAGAAACUUCUUUCUAGCCAAACAGAGAAAGACAAACUCAUUCAACAGCUACGCCAAAAUAACACGCAGCCACCACAAGAGUGUGAUGGUGGCCCUGAUGUGGCAGAGUUGCAGGUGGCUCUGCGUGAGAAGGAGGCUGCCAUCCAGCGAUUGAAGGAAGAGCUCAAGGCCUCAACAGCCAGACAGGGAGACACAGUCACACAGAUGAAAAGCAAUGAAAGCCCUGCUACAUUGGUAGAGAAACCCCAGAGUGAAACCAUCAACAGGAAAUCUGGAGGCAGGAGGGAUACCAGAGCAUCAGUCAGCAGUCAAGGCUCAGCUGGCUAUCCGUCAGUGCUGGACUCCUCUGAGAUUUCCACAGAAAAUGGCAGAACGAGCCGCUUCCCUCGGCCAGAGCUGGAGAUCUCCUUCAGCCCUCUGCAGCCAAACCGCAUGGCUCUGCGACGCCAGGGAGAGGAGAGUGCUGUCACUGUCAAAAUCACCCGCUCAGCACGCAAGAGAAAGAGCGGAGAGAUGGAGAAGUCUCACAUUUUCAGGAGGAGUAAACGACGAACAACACAAGAGGAAGAGGUAGAGGCAGAGAACAGAAGGAACACUAGGACCAAACUGACGCCAAAGCUGACCCCACACAAGGAGGAGAUCGCUCCCCCAGCGGGUCGCCAAGACUCCCAGAGCAGCAUCCGCAGCAGGAAGGAAGGCACGCUGCAGAAGAUCGGAGACUUCCUGCAGAGCUCCCCCACGCUGCUGGGCACUAAAGCCAAGAAGAUGAUGAGUCUGGUGAGCGGCCGGGGUGAUGCAGACUCAGCAGCCUCCUCUUCCUCCUCUUCAUCCCUCAGUCUGAGAGCCAAGAAGAACAAAAGGAAGCUCUACAGGCCUGAAAUUUCCUCCCCCAUGGACAUGCCCUCACACCCAAUCAUCAGCAUGGAGCCAGAGGAGAAAGAGAGCGACCACCAGAUCAUUAAGAGGCGUCUUCGCUCCAGGAUGGCUAAAUAAUUAACCUUCACAUAGUACUGUACACCAUCUUUUUUUUUUUUUUUCACUAACACUAUCUCAGCAAAUAAAGGGAGCUGCUAACAAGCCUUGCACACUUUUCUGUGUCACAAUGGCUGGAAAUCCUCAAUAUUUAACUGUUCAAAUAGAUUUAUAGAGCAAAGUCACUAUUAUUAAGCUGGUUAUGUGGGAAGGUGGCAGUUAAAGGAACAGUUAAAUGUUUUUUGCUUUUCUGCCAAGAGUUAGAUCCAGAGCCAAGAGGCAGUUAGCUUAGCAUAAAGACUGGAAGCAGGGCUAAACUGCUAGCCAAAAUACACCUCCCAGCAGCCUUAAUGGUCACAUACCCGUUUUUGUUGUUUAAUCUGCACACAGAUAAGAACAGCUUGUGGUUUGAAGGGGGAGGUACAUAAUGGAUCUUUUUCUUGGCAAACAAUUUAUCCACCCACCAAGUACAUCUAUGCAGCCUCUCCCUGUUUUGGGUCUUAAUGCUAGCUAAUCUAAUAAGAGUGGUGCUGAUCUAAUCUACCUCUCUGCAAUGAGGCAAAUAAGCAAAGCUAAACUUUUCCUUUACAUACUGAUCUAUAGUCAACUUUUGGCUGAUGCCAUUGUAUCCACAUUUACCAUCAAAUGACUCCAGAGUCAGAGUAAGCACUCUAAAUUUGUAUAUCGUUUCUGUUCACUUUAUAGACAAAAGAUGCUGACUUUUUUUUUACUUUGAUGUGCAAUUUAUUAUAUAGUUUCUUGGCUGUGCUGGAGUUUGUUUGGUAUUUUCUAUAUUAUCGGUUUGAUUUUACUUUUUAAGUGACAACAGUUAAAAUUUAGUGUCACUUUUCAUAUCUCCGUUAUUCUCUUUGUGAAAGGCAACAGACAGCUUCUAGUAAACCACUAAUUUACUGGCUCAUUUUCUGACAGUGGUAUCAGCAUAGCCACUACUACAGCACUGAACAUGUCUCACAUUUUUAUAACAGUUGAAAUAGCGAGGCAGAUCUCUCUGUAGUUUACUUUGUAUUCAGCUGAGGAACAUCCACCUUUCACUACACACUCAGUAAACUCCUACUGCACUUUAUCUCUCUCUAAGAACAAAUUUACUAAAAGGAACUAAAUGUGACUGCACGCUGAGGCUUGAUCCCUGCCAGAUAAAAUGAUCAGUGGUUCUACUGUGUACUUGUUACAGAGACAUCUUCACGUAGUCUUCCAGGAAUAGUUCAGGCUGCUGAAAGCCACAACUUUAGAACUUGUGAUGUUUAGCUCACUACAUUCUGUUCUAGAUGAAGAAUGUACAGUACAUUAAAAUUGUGUUAUAGCUUACUGAGGUUUAAAAAAUGCUUAAUUUCUGAUGUUAAUUAUCUGAAAUCUUGCACUUUUCUGUCAGACUAUCAUGCUUAUUCUCCUUUUUCAUACCUUUGUUCUGUAGGUCAUAUCUGUCAUUUAACAAUUAAAAGAAUACAAAACA